CACGCUGGCUGUUCAAUUGCAUAGGCCAUAAUAGUUUUCUGCUCUCUCGACUUCAGAACAGACAUUUUCCUCUAGGCCUUUCCGCCUGCCUCAGCCCUAGCGCGCCAUAGGAGAGAACAUCCUCCGAAUAAGACCGGAGUUAGCUGGAAUGCUUUGACGUCAGUAGCAGGCCAACCCAGGCCAGCGCUCAGAGCCGAUCAGACGGAGGUGAAUGCACGAAUAGGCUAGCCUACUGCAGAGAGAGAGAGACGCACUCACAUCGAGCAUCCCUGUUGCCUCGUCAUUUGCGGAGACAUCGGGGCACGCAAACACUACGCACCUGGCACAGUCAAUACAACAGGGCGAGGGGAAAAUAUUGUGUAAUAGCGUUAUUAAGAUUUUAACACAUCAAGUAGGCUAGUAUUCUUGGUAUAGAAAGAAGUGUAUUUGCUGUUUACAGUGGUGUGUCGCUCCACUAGCCUCAAGGAUAACGCAUUUUCCUAACAAUGGUAAUGCAUCAGUAGAGAGAGCCUCCAGCCCAACCCUCCCUCUCUUCAUACCGAGACCCCUCAUCCAGACUGAGACUGUCUCCAGCACCAACACACCACUCCCCUCACCCCGCCCUUGCCCCGCCCCACCCAGACAUGGCUGCUUCUAAGGGUGGCUACGAGGGCAAGAUCGCCGGCCUCUACGACCUGGAUCGCACGCUGGGGAAAGGCCACUUCGCCGUGGUCAAGCUGGCCCGCCACGUCUUCACAGGCCAGCUGGUGGCGGUCAAGGUGAUUGACAAGACCAAGUUGGACACCAUGGCAACGGGCCACCUGCUGCAGGAGGUGCGCUGUAUGAAGCUGGUGCAGCACCCCAACGUGGUGCGGCUCUAUGAGGUCAUCGACACCGCCACCAAGCUCUACCUCAUCCUGGAGCUGGGCGAUGGAGGGGACAUGUAUGACUAUAUCCUGCGCCACGAGGGUGGCGUGGCCGAGGACACGGCUAAAGUUCACUUCGCCCAGAUUGUCCAGUCCAUCUCCUACUGCCACCGGCUCCAUGUGGUGCACCGAGACCUCAAGCCAGAGAAUGUGGUGUUCUUCAGGCAGCAGGGUACAGUCAAGCUGACCGACUUCGGCUUCAGCAACCUCUUCAAGCCCGGGACCAUGCUGAUGACCAGCUGUGGUUCGCUGGCUUACUCCGCCCCAGAGAUCCUGCUGGGGGAUGAGUAUGACGCUCCGGCUGUAGAUAUUUGGUCACUGGGGGUGAUCCUCUUCAUGCUGGUGUGUGGACAGCCGCCAUUCCAGGAGACCAAUGACAGUGAGACGCUCACCAUGAUUAUGGACUGUCGCUACACCGUCCCCGCCCAUGUCUCCGCAGACUGUAAAGAUUUGAUCUCCCGUAUGCUGCAGAGGGACCCGUCUAGUCGUGCCUCCCUGGAGGAGAUCGAGAAGCACCCCUGGCUGCAGGGGGUCAACCCCUCACCCACAGGGCACAGUGCCGCCCCCCUCACCUCCCACCGCAGCCUGUCCCAGGAGGAACACGAGAUCAUCCUCCACGCCAUGACCAGUGGCAACAUCGCUGACCGCGAUGCCAUCCAACAGGCUCUAGAAGCGGAUCAAUACAACCACAUCACAGCCACGUAUUACCUGCUGGGGGAGCGCAUCCUGAGAGACAAGCAGGAGCAGCCCAGCGAGAUCCCGAAAGUCGACAGUUCGUGGGCCGAGCCAUCACAACUCCAGAGGCCGCGGUCUGAGCCUCUGGAUCUGGAGCAGAGGGGGCUCCAUGGCCUACUGGCUGGCUGUCCCCGCCGAGGGGUGUCUGAUGCUGUGGACUUCCUGACCCACAGGCCCCUGCUGCUUCAGCCACAGCCAAGUCGCACAGAGAGCCCCUUCCCUGAGUACAGCACAGAGCCCUGCCUGGGGCUCACCCUGCGCCCUUCACCCCCUGACGAACCUCCACAGAUCAAGAGCCUGGGAGCCCUGCAGCUCAUCUGUGAAGAGGAAGAGGAGGAGGAAGAUGAGGCGGAAGAGACAGGCAAACCACAUGUUGGACUUCAUAAUAUUCAAACACUGCCUCAUAUAAUAGGCUUGGUAUCAACCUCUGUGUCUACAGAACAGUCUAGUCCCAUGCUCACAGCUCCAGAGGCUCCACAGAGCCCAGUCAGAGUAGUCCCAGCUCAGGGAGAGGAAACAGGCCUGUUGGCCACCUCAGUGGAGGAGACACUGGAGACAGAGAGGGGGGAGUGGGACAGGGAGCUGCAGGCCAGGGUUUCUAGCGACAGCAGAGAGAUGGAGCCUGACCAGCUGGCAGCCAUACAGGAACAAGAACAGGGUACGAUGGAGUCAGGGGAGAAGCCCAUGGAGGAAGGAGACAUGUCAUGUGACCAACUGAGGCUCGGUAGUCAUUUGACUUCAGACCAGCCAAUCAAUGGUAGUUCGAUCAGCCCUAAAGCUCACCCUCCAUUCCUGCCUCGCCUCGGGGGGGUGCAGUGUUGUUGUGGGCAACAGGAAACUCCCAGCCCAGACAUCAUAGAAGGGGAAGAUGCUAUUCUUAAAAAUAACAACACCACAGAGUCCAAGCCUAAGCUCCUGGUGCAGGGUGGGGGGUCCACCCCAGGCGCCUCACCCCGCUCUCUGCCCCAUAACCACUGUGUGGACCUGGGCCCCGACGGGGUGGAGACGACCCGCAAGGUGAGAGUGCCUGGUGGGGAGUCUGAAGAGGACACUCCGGAGGAGCUUCAAUUAGAGAGAUCCCACAAUGCGACACAGGGUCGCCUUGGGCCCAGGGAGACGGGGACCGACCCUACGUUCAGACUGGAUCCUGGCAAGGGGAAGAACGUGAACCUGAGAGACCGCCUGCUGCAGUUCCCUCUCUGUGAGAAGGCCCUGUCUUUCAACAUCCAGCCCACCUCCAAGGAGAAAAUCCUGCCCUUCGCCCAGUACAACUGCUGCCAUGUACUGUAGGCAGGGCCACCUGUAGAUACCCUAUACCUCCCACAUUACUCACUCUGUCCCCUAGCCAAGGGGUAGGAAUGGGCAUCACUCCAGACACCCUCACACCAGGCCCAGACCCUGUCACUGUUCCAUCUACUUCAACUUCAACACAAAACACAGCGCAGACAGUAUGUAGCCUAUCUGAACUAUCGGUCUGCGUCCAACCUAAACGGAAUGAUCAUACUGUGACCUCAGACACGUUCCAGCCAAUUGUAGUUAGACUGUGUAGCCCCCACCCUGACCUCUUUAUACUUACCGUCUACUGCUGCUUUCUUUGUGAGACAAAAACUGGACCUCAUUGUGCUGCUAUGUACUGGACUAUAGAAAAUGCUUUUUGUGUGGUCUUCUUAGACUAUCACUAUAUACUGUAGCUUUUAAAUGAUUGCUAUUUUAUUUGCCCUUGUAUCAUAGCUUUUCAUUUUGUACUAGCUUAUCUAGAACUGAGCCCAUUUGAGCAUAUGGUAUGUUGUCACUCUGAGGCCUGCUAGUACAGUGCUAUAAUUGGAAUGUGUAAGAUGAUGCAUGCUGUAUAGGUGAAAGCUACACUCCAUGCCUCAGGCGCCAUCCUUCGUUAGCUCAGCUAGCAGCAUGAUGGAAGGUGUGAUGAUGCUCUAGACAGUGUAGCUGGAAGCAUGGUAUCAUUUAAUGCGGGGGGGUACUUACGUCAAUGACAUUGUUGGUGCACUAAUGUGGGUGCAUUGUUGAAUCUCAGUGGUACACAGUAGUGCAGAGGAGAUGAGUCGGGCAGCGUUGCUCAUGGUCACGUGAUGAAGUAGCCCCGCUUGCGAACUUCAAAACCAGUGUCUGACCUUGGACCAUGGGGGAAUUUCCUCUUGGUCUACUGGUCUGGUUGCUCCCUAGGGAGACCUGCAAUGAUAUCCUGUAUGUUACAUUGGCGCCCAACGUGAGGCGAUCUCUCGUGGGGGAGGAGGUCAAAGGGGGGUGAAUGUAGUGGACUUGUCAGACUUGGUUGCUCAUGGUCACGUGAUCAGGGUCUGCGUUGGGACCCGUGGGAGACCAUGGUUCAUAUCACGUGUGUUACAGUAGCAAGGCUUGGGAUCUAAACUGAAUGUAAGAGCAACACCCAGGGGGAUAAACAUUUUUGGACAGAGUUUCAUAAUGGAGAAUUAAAAAUAUACACUGCUCAAAAAAUUAACACUUAAACAACACAAUGUAUCUCCAAGUCAAUCACACUUCUGUGAAAUCAAACUGUCCACUUAGGAAGCAACACUGAUUGACAAUACAUUUCACGUGCUGUUGUGCAAAUGGAAUAGACAACAGGUGGAAAUUAUAGGCAAUUAGCAAGACACCCCCAAUAAAGGAGUGGUUCUGCAGGUGGUGACCACAGACCACUUCUCAGUUCCUAUGCUUCCUGGCUGAUGUUUUGGUCACUUUUGAAUGCUGGUGGUGCUUUCACUCUAGUGGUUAAAUGAGACGGACUCUACAACCCACACAAGUGGCUCAGGUAGUGCAGCGCAUCCAGGAUGGCACAUCAAUGCGAGCUGUGGCAAGAAGGUUUGCUGUGUCUGUCAGCGUAGUGCCCAGAGCAUGGAGGUGCUACCAGGAGACAGGCCAGUACAUCAGGAGACGUGGAGGAGGCCUUAGGAGGGCAACAACCCAGCAGCAGGACCGCUACCUCCGCCUUUGUGCAAGGAGGAGCAGGAGGAGCACUGCCAGAGCCCUGCAAAAUGACCUCCAGCAGGCCACAAAUGUGCAUGUGUCUGCUCAAACGGUCAGAAACAGACUCCAUGAGGGUGGUAUGAGGGCCCGACGUCCACAGGUGGGGGUUGUGCUUACAGCCCAACACCGUGCAGGACGUUUGGCAUUUGCCAGAGAACACCAAGAUUGGCAAAUUCGCCACUGGCGCCCUGUGCUCUUCACAGAUGAAAGCAGGUUCACACUGAGCACAUGUGACAGACGUGACAGAGUCUGGAGACGCCGUGGAGAACGUUCUGCUGCCUGCAACAUCCUCCAGCAUGACCGGUUUGGCGGUGGGUCAGUCAUGGUGUUGGGUGGCAUUUCUUUGGGGGGCCGCACAGCUCUCCAUGUGCUCGCCAGAGGUAGCCUGACUGCCAUUAGGUACCAAGAUGAGAUCCUCAGACCCCUUGUGAGACCAUAUGCUGGUGCGGUUGGCCCUGGGUUCCUCCUAAUGCAAGACAAUGCUAGACCUCAUGUGGCUGGAGUGUGUCAGCAGUUCCUGCAAGAGGAAGGCAUUGAUGCUAUGGCCUGGCCCGCCCGUUCCCCAGACCUGUAUCCAAUUGAGCACAUCUGGGACAUCAUGUCUCGCUCCAUCCACCAACACCACGUUGCACCACAGACUGUCCAGGAGUUGGCGGGUGCUUUAGUCCAGGUCUGGGAGGAGAUCCCUCAGGAGACCAUCCGCCACCUCAUCAGGAGCAUGCCCAGGCGUUGUAGGGUGGUCAUACAGGCACGUGGAGGCCACACACACUACUGAGCCUCAUUUUGACUUGUUUUAAGGACAUUACAUCAAAGUUGGAUCAGCCUGUAGUGUGGUUUCCACUUUAAUUCUGAGUGUGACUCCAAAUCCAGACCUCCAUGAGUUGAUACAUUUGAUUUCCAUUGAUAUUUUUUGUGUGAUUUUGUUGUCAGCACAUUCAACUAUGUAAAGAAAAAAGUAUUUAAUAAGAAUCUUUCAUUCAUUCAGAUCUAGGAUGUGUUAUUUUAGUGUUCCCUUUAUUUUUUUGAGCAGUGUAUAUAUAUGAUAUGGUAUCAACUAAGUAAAUGCAGGUCUUCCAGAUUGUUUGUGUAUAUGUACUUUAUUCUUACAAAUGCUAUUGAACUCUUAUCAUAACGUUUUUUUUUUUUUUUGAAAAAUGUUUUGUUUUGAUAAAUAAUUUAGGAUACAUGUGAAUUUUUUUUUUUUUAAUUGGCCAAAUAAUGCAUUUUUAUUUAUUGAAUACACUUUAAAUACAUUCCAACAUAAAUUACAGAAUAUAUUUAAAAGGUUUAUAUCAAUGUGUAUAAAAUGUAUAUCACAAUAUAUGUUAAGGUCAUCAGAAAAUGUAUUUAAUGUAUUUUAAAAUGCACUCUGAAAUACAUUAAAGAUGUAUUUUAGAAUAUAUUUUGACAUGUAUUUGGAAGUGUUUUGUUAAAUAUAUUCCAACAUGCAUUUAAAUGUAUUUGUAUGAAAUAUAUUUUUUUAUUAAAAUGUAUGGCAAACAUGAAAAAAAAAUGCCAAAUCAUAUUGCAGCAAAAAUGGUGACUGUCUUAACAAUGAAGCUUUAGUAGGCUCUUUGGUAUCACAUGCAGUUUUGUGAGUCUCAUUAAGACUGCAGAACUGUCAUUCUACAAGCUUAACAUUUAAGCACAGAACACAACAUAACACAUUAAGUGUCAUGUCAAUUGGUCACAUGAGAGGCUAAAAAGACUUAGCCACGCCCCAACAAGCCACACCUCCAAGUCUUCUAAUAGGCUGCCACUAUUACACAAUCUAUCUUGUCAAAAUCCAUUUAUUGUACUUGACACAUACCAAAAGCACUAACAUGAAAAUACAUGCAUUUAAAUGACUACAAAAAUAACUACAAACAUGAUACAUUAUCGGUCAGUGAAUGUGCAUAUGACAAAUAAACAAACAAGCUUGAUGAGAGCAAUUGCAACCAAUGUCCAACGGGCAGAAUUUAACGUGUGCUGGGUCGUUCCACAAAAAUAGUGCCUUUUUGCGUCCCUUUUAUAUGUUAAGUAGAAAUUAUACACCACUAUUGAAUUUUGAAAGCCUGUUAUAUGAAAUUAAGUGCCCUUUGAUAUAGACCACAAGGAUAAUUCAAUAAAUCUGAUUUUCAAUAUGAAUAAAGCUUCCAAUCCCCCUGUCACAAGGGGAUUUAUGGCUGAUUUAACUAGUAGUUACCAGUUGGAGGGCCAUUCAAGUGUGUUUUUCACAGAUUUGGUAAAUUCCCAAUUGGUUACGAACGCACCAUAACACCACUAACCAUCCUCUGUAGAGCUGCUAUAACACCACUAACCAUACUCUGUAGAGCCGCUAUAACACCACUAACCAUCCUCUGUAGAGCCGCUAUAACACCACUAACCAUCCUCUGUAGAGCUGCUAUAGCACCACUAACCAUCCUCUGUAGAGCCGCUAUAACACCACUAACCAUCCUCUGUAGAGCCGCUAUAACACCACUAACCAUCCUCUGUAGAGCCGCUAUAGCACCACUAACCAUCCUCUGUAGAGCCGCUAUAACACCACUAACCAUCCUCUGUAGAACCGCUAUAACACCACUAACCAUCCUCUGUAGAGCCGCUAUAACACCACUAACCAUCCUCUGUAGAGCCGCUAUAACACCAUUAACCAUCCUCUGUAGAGCCGCUAUAACACCACUAACCAUCCUCUGGAGAGCCGCUAUAACACCACUAACCAUCCUCUGUAGAGCCGCUAUAACACCACUAACCAUCCUCUGUAGAGCCGCUAUAACACCACUAACCAUCCUCUGUAGAGCCGCUAUAACAUCACUAACCAUCCUCUGUAGAGCCGCUAUAACACCACUAACCAUCCUCUGUAGAGCCGCUAUAACACAACUAACCAUCCUCUGUAGAGCCGCUAUAACACCACUAACCAUCCUCUGUAGAGCCUCUAUAACACCACUCAUUGGAAGCACAAGACCUAGACCUACACUUUGACAUAUUGUGGAGCAUUGUAUUAUGUAUCGUUUUUGUUUGAAUUGAUAAAACAUUUUAUAAUAAUAAAAACUGCCUAGUGCCCAAUGGUUUUAUUAUUGAAUUAAGCUGAAGAGAGGCACUUACUAAAAGUCUGUUUGUUUUUUUAUGGGGAAAACAAAUUUUUUAUGAAGUUGAACAUGUCCUAUUUAUGACAGAAUGAAAUAAUUAGGUGAAAUCAAAUGUUUUUUUUUGUACUCACCAUCACAAUUUAAAUUAUAUAACUGCCUAAGUUUUGGCUAAGUUUUUCUCAAUUAGGAACCACUUUGACACCCUUUAGACUAGAUGUCAUAGCCAUGCAUUUCCGGGAAUAUUGUCAGGCAUUACAUGCAUUUUAGUAAAGAUGCAAAUGUAUCUACAUGUAUUUGAAAUAUAUUUUACGUUACGUUAAAUAUAUUGAAAUGUAUAUAUUUUUUCGAAUGGGGGAGGAUACCUGUAAAAUGUUGUUGGAUUUGCCUUGUGAUUUGUGUAUACAUUUUGUCUGUCUAGUGUUUUCUGAGAGAACGUACUGCUACUACUGUAAGAGAUACAGCUUGAUCAAAUCAGAAAUCCUACUCUAGUCUAGAUGGGAACUAGCUAUUAUGCAAGGAACAAAUGUUAUUGGAGAGUGUUACAGUACGAGUGUCUUCAGAAAGCUGUGUUCUUUUCCAUCAGUGGAAUGCACAGAGGAACCAUGGAACAGUGGUACACGGAAAUCCCAUGCUACUGAAUGCGACCAGAAUGAAUGGCGUAGUCUCAGCCCCCUCGUUGUGGAAGAGAAGAGUGUAGUGAUGGACACAGAGCACUAACCUUAGCUGGCACAUAUAUGAUAUGAACACGCCAACUCCACCUCCCCUGUCUUCUUUCCUCUUCUGUCAUUGGACGGGGGUGGGCCUUAGAUUCCACCAACCGGCUGUCUGGUCCACCUCCACACCUGGCCUGAAAUCAGCUGACUGAGGUGUGUCCAUCUGUCUGUCGGCCCAUUCACCCUGAUUUAAACUAUGACUAUGUCUCGAUGAGAUUCAUUUAUUUUUGUAUUUAUUUAUUAAAGUGGAUUAAACCAG